AUGGCGUGGAGCCAGUAUGCGAAAGUGCUGAUAGUUCUUGUUUCGGUUUGGGCCACUACUGCUGGAGAACGACAGGUUUGUGAAUAUCGCUGCAAUUUAGCGGACUGCGUCAACAACGAGGUAUGGCACGAAGUCGAAAUGGACGGACCCAAUGGGGAUAAGAUUGUGCUGCAGCAGAACCUACGGCAGCGCCCGCGUGAACAAUUGGUCGGAUCAAGGUUUCCCGGACUGGGUCGGUCGAACUUUUUCCGAAAGUUUCUGGACGUUUUCGUUACCAUGGGCGAGCGGAGGCGGGCGGAGCAGCAGUAUCGGAAUGAUGUUGCCCGACAACGGGUUGAGCAGUUUCAGCAACGGAGCCGGAUGGGACGGGUGGCGGUAGCUGAGAGGCGAUCGCAGCGGGCAGUUCGUGAAAGGCCGGAGCGACAAAAUGCUAGACCGAGGAAACGCUCAGAACGGCAGGGCAAACGCAACGCUAGGAGAGGAAGGGUAGCGGGUCAAUAAGAACAUUGUCGAAUAGUCAUUAGUAAGUGAUUGUUUUAUAGCAACCAGCAUAGUGUUGCGGCACUCAUUUAAUAUUGCGUAAUUGCCCGCAGGAUACAUAGUUAACCAACUAUUUAUUAAAAUAGUGUACACAUAUCCAAAAUUUUUAUUCUUUACACGCAGAAACACUUGUUCUAAUACUAUGAGAGAGAUGAGAAAAAAUAAUUGAAAGAGUAGACAGUUUAACUUAUGUGCUUAUUUGAUAAAAGCUAACGGUGCCAGUAAUAAGAAUCCUGAAAUAUU